UGGCUCAUCCACUGCAAGGUGCUGCCCGCCAACCACCGGGUGACCUGGGACUCGGCGCAGGUGUUCGACCUGGCGCAGACCCUGCGCGAUGGAGUCCUCCUCUGCCAGCUGCUCAACAACCUCCGGGCGCGCUCCAUCAACCUGAAGGAGAUCAACCUGAGGCCGCAGAUGUCCCAGUUUCUCUGUUUGAAGAACAUCCGGACCUUCCUCACGGCCUGUUGCGAGACAUUUGGAAUGAGGAAGAGCGAGCUCUUCGAGGCCUUCGACCUGUUCGAUGUCCGGGACUUUGGAAAGGUGAUAGAAACGCUAUCGCGACUCUCCCGAACACCCAUCGCAUUGGCCACAGGAAUCAGGCCCUUCCCAACAGAAGAGAGCGUCAGCGAUGAGGACAUCUACAAAGCCCUCCCCGACCUGAUAGACGAGACCCACAUGGAGGAUGAGGAGGGCCUGUAUGACUGUGUCUACGGGGAGGACGAAGGCGGAGAGGUCUAUGAGGACUUGAUGAAAGCGGAGGAGGCGCAGCAACCCAAAUGUCAAGAGAAUGACAUACGAAGUUGCUGCCUCGCAGAAAUUAAGCAGACGGAAGAAAAAUACACAGAAACACUGGAGUCCAUAGAGAAAUUCUUCAUGGCACCACUAAAGCGAUUUCUGACAGCAGCAGAAUUUGAUUCUGUCUUCAUCAACAUUCCUGAACUUGUAAAAGUUCAUCGGAACCUAAUGCAAGAAAUUCACGAUUCCAUCGUAAAUAAGAAUGACCAGAACUUGUAUCAAAUUUUCAUUAACUACAAGGAAAGGCUGGUGAUUUACGGGCAGUACUGCAGCGCCGUGGAGUCGGCCAUCUCCAGCUUAGACUACAUCUCGAAGACGAAAGAAGACGUCAAGCUGAAGUUAGAGGAAUGUUCCAAACGCGCCAACAACGGGAAGUUCACCCUCCGAGACCUGCUUGUGGUCCCAAUGCAGCGCGUGUUAAAGUACCACCUUCUCCUGCAGGAACUGGUCAAGCAUACCGCCGACCCCACGGAGAAGGCGAACCUGAAGCUGGCUCUGGAUGCAAUGAAGGACUUGGCACAGUAUGUGAACGAAGUGAAGAGAGACAACGAGACCCUGCGUGAGAUCAGGCAGUUCCAGCUCUCCAUAGAAAACCUGAACCAACCGGUGCUGCUGUUUGGCCGGCCUCAGGGAGACGGGGAGAUCCGAAUCACCACCCUGGACAAGCACACAAAGCAAGAAAGGCACAUCUUCUUAUUCGACUUGGCAGUGAUUGUAUGUAAAAGAAAAGGCGACAACUAUGAAAUGAAGGAAAUAAUAGAUCUCCAGCAGUACAAAAUAGCCAACAAUCCUACAACGGAUAAAGAAAACAAAAAGUGGUCUUAUGGCUUCUACCUCAUCCAUACCCAAGGACACAAUGGGUUAGAAUUUUAUUGCAAAACAAAAGAUUUAAAGAAAAAAUGGCUGGAACAGUUUGAAAUGGCUUUAUCCAACAUAAGGCCAGACCAUGCUGACUCCAAUUUCCACGAGUUUAAGAUGCACACCUUCAGCCGGGUGACCUCCUGCAAGGCCUGCCAGAUGCUGCUCAGAGGAACCUUUUACCAGGGCUAUUUAUGCUUCAAGUGUGGCGCCAGGGCACACAAAGAAUGUCUGGGAAGAGUCGACAACUGUGGCCGAGUUAAUUCUGCGGAACCGGGGACGCUCAAAGCACCGGAGAAACGGACCAAUGGACUGCGAAGAGCCUCCAGGCAGGUGGACGCAGGUUUGCCAAAGAUGCAGGUCAUCAAGAACUACACCGGGACGCCACCCCCCGCGCCCCAGGCAGGGCCCCCGCUCCACAUCCAGGCCGGGGACACGGUGGAGCUGCUGCGGGGCGACGCGCACAGCCUGUUCUGGCAGGGUAGAAAUUUAGCCUCUGGAGAGGUUGGAUUUUUUCCAAGUGAUGCCGUCAAGCCUUGCCCAUGCGUUCCCAAACCAGUAGAUUAUUCUUGCCAGCCUUGGUUCGCCGGCGCCAUGGAGAGGCUGCAGGCGGAGACUGAGCUUAUAAACAGGCCGAACAGCACUUACCUGGUGAGGCUCCGGACCAAAGAGUCGGGCGAAUAUGCAAUUAGCAUUAAGUACAAUAAUGAAGCAAAGCACAUCAAGAUUGUAACGAGAGACGGCUUAUUUCACAUUGCAGAAAAUAGAAAAUUUAAAAGUUUAAUGGAACUUGUGGAGUAUUACAAGCACCACUCCCUGAAGGAAGGGUUCCGGAGCUUGGAUACCACCCUGCAGUUUCCAUACAAGGAGCCAGAGCCCGCAGCUGGACAGAGGGGCAGCAGGGUGGGCAGCAGCUCCCCCUCUCUGUUCUGUGGGUUUUCUCUUGUCCCUCCUCCAGACUUCAGCUUUGUCCCCCCUUCCUCCGCUCCUUUCUGGUCAGUGCUGAGCCCCAAGGUGCUGGGCAUCGCCGUGGCGCGCUACGACUUCUGUGCGAGGGACAUGCGCGAGCUGUCCCUGCUGAAGGGGGACGUGGUGAAGAUUUACACCAAGAUGAGCGGCAAUGGCUGGUGGCGAGGAGAAGCGAACGGCAAGGUGGGCUGGUUUCCGUCCACGUACGUGGAGGUGGAUGAGUAGGUGCCGGUCCAGCGUGGCUCCGCCCAGACCCUUCGGAGGUGGACAGACCGAGGCCUGCACGGCUGUGAACGAACCCAUGUGUUUCAAAAGCUGCAUUUCCGGCUAUUCCAUGUCACCCUCCUGAGUCUUAAUCCUGGGGUCUAAAUGCUGGUGCUGACAGACAGCUGGGCACGGGACAGCGACCACUGGGUCAUUGUCGAGGCCAGGGCAAAGCCCGAGCUUUCUUUCUCCCACAAAGAGCCCAGCAAACACAUGGUUCGUCUUUCCACUUCCUCCAUCCGGCCCGACCCAGGAUGCCACCAUCAGGAAACGCUUCCCGCCCGUUUCUUCUCACCGGAAUUCGUUCAUGGUCCAAAGAAGCAGAGUUCAGUGUUGCCCUUCCCAGCACUGAGCCCAGAGAGCUCCGCCGUUGGCAGCCGAAGGAGGGUCCAGCAUGACUCCUCGUCUUCAAGGGCCUCGUGGGGGCUCAUGGCGAACACUUUCAUUCAGCUGUGCACAGAGGAAGAGAGUGCGUAGUGCGAGCGUCUCCCUGUGAGGCCCUCCCGCCCCGUGGCCGCCUUGGGUUGUUUUGGGGAUGUGGGCUCUCCCUUGGUGAAGUCACCUUGGCUGGCAGGGGCCAGGCGGCUGCAGGGAACCUGAGUGAGGACGCAUUGUUUACAGAAGCAGAUUAAGGGCUAUCAUGUCUAUGAGGUCAUUGGACAGGAGCGACAUCUGUUAACUCGGGCCUUCUUUCUCCCCUGCCCCCCCCACCCCACCCCCAAAAAGACCGAGGUAGGAGGGAGUUGCGGGUCUCCCCCUUCCCGGAGUAUUUACAGCAGCACAAGCACAAGCCAGUUUGCUGAGGGUUUGGGAAGGAAAGUACAGCGGGGUCCUGCCUGCAUUUCUGGGCCCGGAGGGUCACGAGGCAUUUCUGGGCUUCCUCGGCGUGGCCCCCAGCUUCUCACCGAGGGUCUCCCCACCCACCCGCAGCCCCUGUUGGGGGGGCAGGUGAGCCAGUGGGGAGAUGAGUUUCUGCAGUGGAUUGAUUUGACCAAGCCUUCACUUUUUAUGUGACAUGUUCUCUGUGUGAUACACAGAGGCCCGGCCAAGGCAGUCAGGUGAAGACACUACGUGGCCCUUUCCCGACGAAAUGGUUUCUCUGUAGCACAAGGUCCCGUCCAGGUGAGAUCCAGGGGGUGUUUCGGGUUUGAAGAGAACCUAGCAUGAGAAGCACUAACUGAAGGAGCCAAACUGGAAGCGUCCGGUCGGAGGCUCUGGAUCAUGUCUGACGUGAGGGAGGUGCCACCUGCUCGCUCCCCGACCCUCUCGAAUUCCAGAACCUACUGUUCAAUGCCCGCCCUCCCCCUGUAGAGACCCCCGGGGCUAGGCCGUCUCAGAUAGGAUAGAGUUGGGACCUUUACCUCAGAAUUAUGUAAACUGUGAUUGUGUUUUAGAGAAAUUACUAUUUGCUAAAACCAGUUAGAGUUGAUUGUGUGUGUGUGUGUGUGUGUGUGUGUGUGUAAAUGACCAUGGAGAGGAAUUUUAUAGACGUCUGUGCAGUAGAAUUGUGCCCUCACGGUGUGUCCCCGUCUUACCUGCAGCUGUGAGUCGGAGAAGGUGCGUCUGUCGCUGUCUGUGGUCAGGGAAGCAGCAGCGUCACGCACGGAAACACCCCUGGGCGGGGUAGGAGCGGGUGUUGCUGUUGCAGCCGCUAGACUCCCUUCCUCACCAUGGUGUGUGGUCUUCCUGUUGCAUUUCACGGGCCUGGGGGGCGGCUCCGAGCAGAGGCGGUCGGAGCCCCUCUCACGAUGCUGCCCAAGCGUCUCUGUCUGCGUUUAGCACUCCAUAUGGACACGGUCAGUGUGCGGGUUGGUGUCGGUUUCUAAUACCAAAGACAGAAGUCAGUGUUCGUCCACAUACUUUGUCUUGCCCGUAUGCAGCCUUGUGUACUAUGGUGGGUUUGUUUCACUUUGUAGUAUUUUGUAAAUAUGUCAAUACAAUAAAUAGUUACUCCAUGCAAUAAAUUGAUGUCUCGAGAGCUGAA